GCUGAGACAUCACUCAUCAAUCCCACAUUCACUUCUUUUUGGAGACUGCUCCAACUUCCGAUCUUUUUUCUUUCCUGUCUCCAAUGGUUUCUGCUUCUUCUCCUCCACUUCCGAAGGAAGCUCCGGUGGAGGGAGAAUGGGAAGAAGGGCCACGAAGGGAGGCAAAAUGGUGGUACUCCACUUUUCACACAGUCACCGCCAUGGUUGGUGCUGGUGUUCUUAGCUUGCCUUAUGCUAUGUCCUACCUCGGAUGGGGUCCAGGUAUGGCCUUAAUGGUGAUAUCAUGGUGCAUGACCUUACACACAAUGUGGCUCUUGGUCCAACUACACGAGUCUACCCCAGGCACUCGUUAUGACCGUUACAUAGACCUAGCCAGGCAUGCUUUUGGCCAGAAACUCGGCCCGUGGAUAGUACUACCACAACAGCUGAUAGUUCAAGUUGGGGUGAACAUUGUGUACAUGGUAACAGGUGGAACCUGCCUCCAAAAGUUCAUGGAACUGGUCUGCACUGACUGCACUAGGCUACGACAUUCGUAUUGGAUUAUUAUCUUUGGUUCCACACAUUUUUUUCUCUCUCAGCUUCCAAAUUUCAAUUCGGUUUCUGGUGUUUCACUAGCUGCCGCUGUUAUGUCACUAUGUUAUUCAACAAUAGCGUGGGCCGGUUGCCUAAGCAAAGGCAAACAACCGGAUGUAAGCUAUGCAUACAGAAAAACCAGUGGGGCGGAUUCCAUAUUCCGCAUUUUCAAUGCAUUAGGUCAGAUUUCAUUUGCAUAUGCAGGCCAUGCAGUUGCACUUGAAAUCCAAGCCACUAUACCUUCCACUCCGGGUAAACCCUCAAAAGUAGCAAUGUGGAAAGGCGCGAUAGGAGCAUACGUUGUCAAUGCCAUAUGUUAUUUCCCAGUAGCAAUUAUCGGUUACUGGGCAUUUGGACAAGAUGUUACUGAUAACGUCCUUGUUGCACUACAAAAACCGUUAUGGCUCAUUGCCUCGGCAAAUUUGAUGGUGGUGGUUCAUGUUCUCGGUAGCUAUCAGGUGUUUGCAAUGCCAUUAUUUGAUUUGAUGGAAAAAGGACUGAUGAAAAAAUUUAGUAUCCCUUCUGGACUUCCACUUAGACUGGUUGUUCGUUCUACUUAUGUUGCAUUCACAUUGUUCAUGGCAGUGACGUUUCCUUUCUUUGGCGAUCUUCUUGGUUUUUUUGGCGGAUUUGGAUUUGCCCCCACUUCUUACUUUCUUCCAAGCAUAAUAUGGCUCAUACUCAAGAAACCCAAGAGAUUCAGUACCCAUUGGCUUGUUAAUUGGGUGGGAAUAUUCAUAGGAGUGUUCAUUAUGUUAGCAUCAACCAUCGGUGGAUUCAGGAAUAUAAUUGCAGACUCGUCAAGUUAUGAUUUCUAUCAGUAAAUCAAUUUGAUUUCAUACUUUUGUAUAAAUAAUGAUGUAUCUGUACGUAUAGUCGUAUGUUUGAAGAUGAAAAUUCUAUGCUUCAUACUGAGAAUACAUGUAUGUAAAAUGAACUUAAAGAUGAAACUUGCAACAGAUUUGGUUGGAUACAAUAUAUAUGAAUCUUAUUUGUUUGAUA